AUGACAGCAACUGUUCCUCAAGGCACCUCUUCACCUGUAACUCCUGCCACCAGCAAUGCCAUCGACAAUCUUCGGCCCUCGUUGCCACGCCGCUCCUCUUCCCUGCAUAAACAAGUCAUAGCAAAACUCCGUCCUCUGCCAUUCCAAUACCGCUGGUCGGUUUGGCACUCCAAAUCUCACCUCCAGCCUACCAGCCAACAGUCACCCGAUGCAUAUCGAUUGACCAUGUUGGUUGAUUCGGUGGCCGACAUUGGCACCUUCUACCGCAUUUUCAACAACCUGCCCUGGUCGCAGAUCAAGCAAAAAGACAGCAUUCAUAUUUUUCGCUCCGGAGUCCAGCCGUUGUGGGAAGACGAGGAGAAUCGCAGAGGCGGGCGCUGGCUGAUUCGGGUUCGCCCAGAGGAGGGAAAAGAUGUCAGGUGUUGGGAGGAGAUAUGUUUGCUGUGCUGUGGUGGAGAAUUGCAGGCCGCUAUUGCCCGAGAACGUGACCAUAUCCUCGGAAUGUCCUUUUCGCCCCGGCAAUAUUUCACACACAUCUCAAUAUGGACCAAGAAAGGUGACAAUCUGACAAGUAUCAUGUUGAUGGAACGUGCCAUCCUCGCCGGCUUGUCGCCCGACCUCAGACCCAGAUCAAGCACCGACUUCAACUACCGGAGACAUGCGGAGAAGAUGGACCUGCAUACUCUGCAAUUCCAAGGUCGACAAUCUCAGAUAAACGCUCAAGCCCAAGCCCAAGCACCAGUUUUGCACGGAUCAACCGUCAGACAACCCGUCCGUGUACGAGCCUUGACAGUUGUCUGA